GGGUGCAACAGUUUAGCCAUUUAUGUAACGACUUUGCACAUUUGUGCAGUGGUGUCUCCAGUCUGUUAGUGUUCCUCAACCAACGCUGUGGAAAUAGUCCUGCUGCAAAGUGUUUUUAUCUUGUUAUUCUUUAACACCGACAGCUAAGAUUUAACCAUUAGCCGCCCCUUAAGGUUAACAGUGAAGGCUGCGCUAGCUGGGAAAAUAUUUAACCUUAGUUCAGCAUGACCAGCUGCAGAAAUAAAUGCCCGGACCGGUGUCCUGGAGACUGUCCACGCAGGAUCCAUCCUGCGCCAGCCUCCAAAGACAACAAAGGACAGCCAAGCGAUCACGUGGUCUGCAUUAGACAAUGUUAUCAUUCUUCUUUCUUCUUCCGUUUCACUGUGAAGAAAUCAGAUCAGUCUAAUUCAUAUAAGCAGCCGUUAUCGGGACGCUUCUCACGAGGGUUGAAGCCAGUAAAAUAUAGCAGGAGUCUGAGAAGCAAGCCAAUCAUCGGGCGGAGGCAGGUUGCAGUGGCCCUUCCUUCUUCAGAUGCCUCCAAUCAGUCAGUCCCCAGUAGGAGGAGCUGUAUAUGCAGGGAAAAGACAUCGAUCCGCCUGCACGCUGAACUGAGCUCAAAUUGUUUCUUUCCACCCACCCCCAAAGCUUAGCCUUUCCAGAACCGUUUUUUUUUUAAGGUUGCUCAACAGGUCUGUCAGUGUCUUGCUGGUGCAUACAUACCGGGAGAGAAGAACACCAUGUCUGCUGUGAGGUAAGAGCAUACUGAUGGAGGUACAACCAGCAGAGCAGAUGUGGAGCUCUAACUCGCUCUUUGGGAUGGGAAACCCCUUACUCGACAUCUGUGCUGUUGUUGAUAAAGACUUCUUGGACAAGUACACUCUGAAGCCCAAUGAUCAGAUCCUGGCUGAGGACAAGCACAAAGCACUAUUUGAUGAGCUUGUAAAGAAAUUCAAAGUAGAGUAUCACGCCGGGGGAGCCACUCAGAACUCGAUUAAGAUCGCCCAGUGGAUGAUCCAAGAGCCCCACAAAGUCGGCACGUUCUUCGGCUGCAUUGGGAAAGAUAAGUUUGGAGAGAUCCUCAAGCAGAAGGCGGAGGAGGCCCAUGUGGACGCUCAGUACUACGAGCAAGACCAAGAGCCGACAGGGACGUGUGCUGCUUGCAUCACCGGAGAUAACAGGUCUUUGGUAGCUAACCUAGCGGCUGCUAACUGUUAUGAGAAGGAGAAGCAUUUAGACUUGGAAGAAAACUGGGAGCUGGUGGAAAAAGCUAAAGUCUACUAUAUUGCUGGUUUCUUCCUGACUGUGUCUUUGGAGUCCAUCCUGAAAGUGGCAAAGCACGCUUCUGAAAAGAACAAGCUAUUCUGCAUGAACCUUUCUGCACCUUUCAUCUGCCAGUUCUUCAAGGACAACCUCAUGCAGGUUAUGCCUUACAUCGACGUGUUAUUCGGCAACGAAUCGGAAGCAGCAACGUUUGCUAAGGAGCAGGACUUUGAGACUAAAGACAUUAAGGAGAUUGCCAAGAAAGCCCAGGCAUUACCCAAAGUUAACACAAAGAGAAAGAGAAUUGUUGUAUUUACCCAGGGAAAGGACGAAACUAUCAUGGCCCACAGUGAUAAGAUUGAGACAUUCCCUGUCCUUAAGAUUGACCCAAAGGACAUUGUUGACACAAAUGGUGCAGGCGAUGCUUUUGUUGGAGGCUUCCUGUCUGGGCUCGUCCAGGAGAAACCUCUGGAUCAGUGCGUCAGGGCAGCACAUUACUCUGCUAAUGUCAUCAUCAGACGAUCAGGUUGCACCUUCCCAGAAAAGCCUGACUUUAAAUGAGGAACGCCGCAAAGCUUUUCCUUCAGCCUGAAAACCUCAUAACCCACACUGCCUCCGCUUGUCAGAUCCCCAUUGUUUUUAUGUUUUUUAAUUGGUCAAAUAAUGUCAAUUCUUUUUAAAGCGUCUGCAUGUCUUUACUUGCCUGUUGAUGUUUCGUCUGUCUCCGUUUUGUCCUCAAGAGGUCAGCAGAGGACCAUUCAGCCAAGAUCAAAGGGUUUUUGUUUUUUUUUGUACUUUUGAUGCUGACAAUUAAGAAAAUAGGGUUGCAAGUUUCUAUUUUUCUUUAUGCAAAAAAAUCCAAUACCUUUUUCUUGUUGGAGUUCCUCCUCCAGCGUCUAGCUGCGCAGACACCUCGCGGACGUGGCUACUAGCACUCUUAUGUCGUCUCUCGAGUCUGCAGCCACUUUCAGAGACUGACUUCAAGCACAAAUGAGGACUACAGAGCAAAACGUCACUAUCACGAUGGGCUUUUGAAGAUAUAUCUCUGAAACUUUCAGCGAGGAUUUUAGAUAAGUGUUUAAUCUGCUUUCAGGAGUUGAGAAACCAAAUGUUUUUAUUUCUAAUGCACAAUUUUUAGUCGCAGCAAAGCUUCCACCACAGCUCAUCCUGUUUAAACGGGUCAGUUUAACGUGUUUUAGUUGAGCUGUGGGCCUUUUUUUUCUUCUGUUAGUCCUGUCUCUGAAAUUACUACACGUGGUGCUGAUUGAAUGAGCAUAGCUCUGGUCCUGGACUAUGAACCAAAAUUAAUGAUUUUGGUAAAGUAAUAGUAAGUUUAUUGCAAAAAGCAUCUGCAGGAGCAAGAUGUCUUCAUGCCCUAAGGGAAAUACUUAAACUGGCUGAAACCGUUUUGUUCUGUUCAUUGCAGAUAUAAAUUUGGAGCAUUUAUCAUGACAUUAAUUUCUUAAAAUGAUCUCUAAACAUUGAAAUAUUUUCAUUUGGAUUCAUUUCAGAGUGUGUAUUAUGAAAGGUUGAAUCCUGGUUAAAACUUCUGAAAACAAACUACUGGACUAAAUCAUUUUAUUUUGUCUUUGUUAUAAAGUGAUGUUUAAAUCAGGCAGCACUCCAUCUGAUGGAACAAGGCCUCAACGUUUCCUAUGUCUCAAGAAAACAACCUCAUCAUGUUCAUAGGAAAAAUACUAAACAAAUAAUUUUAAAAGACCGCUUUGUGCUUUAAUGAUAAUUUUUUUUUUCUUUCUGCUGAAGAGCAGAAUCGCCACAGCAUGAUGCCACCUCCACCAUGUGCCAUUACAGCCAGGGUGUGUUCAGUGUUAUUGUUAACAUCUUUAAUUUAUACAUUCACACUUUUAAUUCUUUAAAUUAUUAAUAGUUUAGAAUUUUCUUUUUGUUAUUAAGAUAUUGCACCUCCACAACCUGACCGUGACUUAGCUUAAUCAGUUUUACAUGUGAUUACUUGAUGACUUUCUAAUCAGUAUUUUGUUACUUCUGGGCAUUUUUUCAACCAUUUGACUUAAGUGAGAAAAACAAAAGAUUACCUGAAGUUGUUAAACCUGUUUUGUGGCACUGGUAUUUAUGUUCAUGUGGAGCUAAGCUUAAAAUACUUAAAACACCUGUAUCUGGUAAAUGUAAACGGCAUUUCAAAGAGGUUGGAGUUGUUGGACGUUGUCUCAAUGGGCAUUGAAAUGAACACUGACUGUUCAUUUAUUUUCUUAAAGCCGCCCUGGUCAGGACUGAUCAGGAGAAUGGAAAAUGGAUGUUGUUUUUUUAAUCUGGUUUAAAAAAAGAGAUGAGGAGGAAAUUUUUGGAAGAAAACCACAGGGUAACUUUAUUAUACAGCCAAACAGCGUGAACAAUUUCUACCUGUAUUAGAUUAGAUCAUGUUGAGAAAAUUCUAAUUGAACAGCUCUGACUAUUGACAAAGUUAAUACAUUUUCUUUAGAAAAGUGCAGUUUCAGAGUAAUGGAGAAUAUGUUUCAAAACUUGCCUGCUGGGAAUGUUUCUCCAUUUGAGGCUUCUCCAUGUCCAGAUGCACCAAAAAAGCCUUAUGUGACCUUUUCUUUCUGGUCUCAAGUGUUGCUCAAGUUGUCCCAUAACAGUUGCAGACUGUGAUAUUUGAAAAUGAAUAAUAAAAUUCAAUUUAAUUUUGCCAA